UGUGGCUGCGUCCCAGGGCGGGGAAUCGCGUAAUGGCGGACACGGGACGGACGAGCGCGGCUGGGGGCGUAGCGCUUUGAGGUGGUCCGGCUGUGUGGCUGCCCUGAGAGUCGGUCGGCUGGAGCAGACACGGUACGGGGACUGGCAGCCGUCCGGCCUUUCCUGUUUCUGAGAGCGACAGCGCGAGGCCAGGUUGUUUCUCAUCAUUCAGAACGUUGCCUGAAGCGGGUCCACCAUGCCGUUAGUAACGAGGAACAUUGAGCCAAGGCACCUGUGCCGUCAGAAGUUGCCUAGCGUUAGAAAUGAGCUGGAAUGCGUGACCAACAUCGACCUGGCAAAUGUCAUCCGACAGCUGGGCAGCCUGAGUAAAAAUGCAGAGGACAUUUUUGGAGAGCUCUUUACUCAGGCAAAAACCUUUGCCUCUCGGGUAAGCUCACUUGCUGAGAGGGUCGACCGACUACAAGUUAAAGUCACUCAGCUGGAUCCUAAGGAAGAAGAAGUGUCACUACAAGGAAUCAAUACCCGAAAGGCCUUCAGAAGCUCUACCGUUCAAGACCAGAAGCUUUUUGAUAGAAACUCUCUCCCAGUGCCUAUCUUAGAAACCUACAGUACCUGUGAUACUCCUCCUCCUCUUAAUAAUCUUACCCCUUACAGGGAUGAUGGAAAAGAGGCACUCAAAUUCUACACCGACCCUUCAUACUUCUUUGAUCUUUGGAGGGAGAAGAUGCUGCAGGACACCAAGGAUAUCAUGAAAGAGAAGAGAAAGCAUAGGAAAGAAAAGAAAGAUAACCCAAAUCGAGGGAAUGUAAACCCACGUAAAAUCAAGACACGUAAAGAAGAGUGGGAGAAAAUGAAGAUGGGACAAGAAUUUGUGGAAUCCAAAGAAAAGCCUUCUGGGUACUCACCUGCCUUGGUGUACCAGAACGGCAGCAUUGGCUCUGUAGAAAAUGUGGAUGCAGGCAGCUAUCCACCUCCACCACAGGCAGACUCUGGCUCAUCACCUUCUCCUUCCUUCUCUGAGGACAACUUGCCUCCCCCACCAGCAGAAUUCAGCUACCCAGCAGACAACCAAAGAGGAUCUGUUCUGGCUGCCCCCAAAAGGUCCAGUGUAGUCAGCCCGAGCCAUCCACCCCCAGCGCCUCCUCUGGGCUCUCCACCAGGUCCCAAACCUGGAUUUGCUUCACCACCAGCCCCGCCACCUCCACCUCCACCACCAGCCAUGGCAUUUGGGUCUCCAGAAACCCCUCCACCACCUUCACCCCCAUCUUUUCCACCUCACCCUGAUUUUGCUGCUCCUCCACCUCCUCCACCACCACCAGCAGCUGACUACCCAACUCUCCCACCACCUCCCAUGUCCCAACCAGGUGGAGGAGUGCCUCCCCCGCCACCUCCUCCACCCCCUCCAGGGCCCCCACCUCUCCCCUUCAGUGGUGGGGAUGGCCAGCCUGCUGUACCACCACCACCGCUUUCUGAUGCCUCCAAGCCCAAGUCCUCCUUGCCUGCCGUGAGCGAUGCCCGUAGCGACCUGCUUUCUGCCAUCCGUCAAGGCUUUCAGCUGCGCAGGGUUGAAGAGCAGCGGGAGCAAGAGAAGCACGAUGUCGUGGGUAACGAUGUGGCCACCAUCUUGUCACGUCGCAUUGCUGUUGAGUACAGCGACUCAGAAGAUGACUCCUCUGAGUUUGAUGAAGACGACUGGUCCGAUUAACUCUGCCUGUUGCCCACCUCCUUUUAUUUUCCUUCCUGCCUGCCUUCUUUGAUACCUAUCCCAGUAGUCCCAUGGGGAGGAAAAUAAUUUCAAGGGGCCAAAGCCUUUUCUGAAGCAACCAAAGACGUAUCCAAGUACUUCCUCCAAAUGAACAUGUAUUUCCUCUCCCCGUUGUGAGGCCCAAGGGGUCCAGAGGUUUCAUAGCUAAGCUGUUCCCUCUUCCUUUCAAGUGAAAGUAGUGAAAGGAAGGGAAAACCCGAAAGCAGAUCCCUCUGAUAGGGAUUCAAUUGGAAAUAGAGCCUUCCCCUGGAGCCAUUUUCAGUUGUGACCUUUUCCCCAAAUCCUUGACCUCUACUGUUUCAAAUCAUGCCACCCAUCGUCUGGUCCUAUGAGGACACAGCCUUGAAAGGGUAGCAGGCUGAGUGCCCCCAAGCCAGGCUGCCACACCUCUCUGCCCUACCCUCCACCCUAAUCAGCAGGGUGGGGCUGCCUUUUGCUCCAAGAGGCAUCAGGCCACUAAAGAAUAUCUCACCCUCUGCCCAGAAGUGAUGCCUUUCUGAAGGCUGAGGCUGUGGUCUCCUUCCCUGACUCUCCCUUACUCAGUAUGGUGUUUGGGUGCCCUUCAGAUGCCCCUCCCUCCCUCCUUCCUAGGUACCUGUAGACCACACAGCCCAGUUCUGACCUCUGAUAUCCAUGACCAAACCAGCCCUGGCACACAGAGACCUGGACCUCUGCCAGCUGUCAGGAGCAAAGCUUAGAGACUUGGAAGUGCAGGAUUGAGAGGAUGAUGGAACUCCUUUGGUCCUACCUUCUUAAAGAUGCUGAGGCCUAGGGCUGGGGAUUUAGCUCAGUGGUUCCACUGCCUGCCUUGCAAGCACAAGGACCCGAGUUUGAUCCCCGGUACCAAAAAAAAAGAUGCUGAGGCCUAGAGAUGGGAAGUGACUUGCACAGGGUCACACAGUUGGAUAGUGACAGAGCAAGAGCCCAGUCUUCCUGAUUCCAAGUCACCUGUGUUUUCUGGGACCAAAUAAUGGGCACCUACUGAAGUCUGGGCAGAGCAGUCUUGGCUCUGUGCUACUCCAGACUUCCCCAUAGGCGGGGGGUCCCAGUUGGAGGGCUUAGGCCUGUGCCAGCUCUGUCAGUGCUACUCAGACCUUCAUAGCCUCUCUCAUAACCCUUUGUUGCCUUCUAUCACCAGCCAGACAUGUGCCUAGGAGCUGAGCUUCUAGGAGACCAGAAGUAGGGAGAAAAGGAAGAGGCCAGGCAGUUUUGACAGAUGCUGUUUUCAAUUCCACUGCAGCUCCUCCCCCUUUUAUUUCCUCAGUUUAAGCAUAAGUUCUGCCAGCUAUAGAAACUUCAGUCCCUCAGGCUGGCAGCUGCCGCAGGUACCUGCCUGGGGUGACCUGGCAUCGUGAAGAGGACUGAAAGGCAGAGCAACUCAGGGUCCUCUUCUUGUCUCCCCUGUUACUGCACAUGGUGAUGUUAGUUCCCCCUCGCCUCUUCCCAGAGCUAAUAUACAGGUGCUGUUAUUCAGGAAAAAAUUGGUCAGCUCUGGCCAACAGCAAGGUUCCUUCUCUUCUGCCCUAACUAUUGUAUAGGCUCUUAUGCUGAAAUCAGCUUCUCCUGGCUUCUCUGGCUUUCAGAGCCUGAAACAAAGGGAAACAGAAUCUGUCUCUCCCCAGCACAGCAAAUGGUUGUAGUAAUUGCCAAAGCCCUUGUAAACCCCUCCGGCUUGAGGAGAGUAUAAUCGUGAGCACUGCUGCCUCCCCUUGCUGAAUGCCUCUCUCUGCCUCCUUUCUUAAACUUGGGAUGUGCAUACUGAGCCUGCAGAUGCCAGCAGGUCCUCCUGCCAUGGCUACUCUAGAAUGCGCCCUCUUCCCACUCCCUACAUUAGCACAGGGCUUGGCACCCAGCUUCAUGCUGAGCACACCAGGGCCUCCCACCUGCACUUCAGAAGCUGAAGGUGCUUUCAUCAGAACCCUGAAAUGGCUGUUGAAGGUGCCCCGGCAGUGGCUAGAGAGACAGGUGGAGUGCAGUGGUUCCCCCAAAUAGGCGUCCUGGGGCCUGGCCAGGCCAGGGUUUGGACCUAAUGGGUUUGACUAAAUUAGCCCCAUCCUCCUCUUUCCUGAAAAGGGGGAGCCAGAGCCACUCACUAUCAUUUCGCUCUGACCUUGAAGGGGGCGGUGUUGGCCUGGUUUCUGGAAUGGACAGAGUCCACCGUGAAAAGGGCUGGGGGCAGGAGGAGGUGGGGAGGGGCUCUGCCUUCGGAAGGUAGGAUUAGAUCAUUAGCUCAGUGACCUCCUAGGGUUUCGAUGUGCUGUGUUCUCAUCCUACAGCUGGUUUGGUAAUGAUCUGCGAGUCCCGGAGAGCAACAGCCCAGCUCUGCCUGACGCUCUCAUUAAAAUCCAUGCAGCCAAGCUCGGCACUUUGUAGCAGCGGGCCUUGCGAAGCUUCCUCAGCUCGGGGGGCUGGGGACCCAGUCAGCUGAGAGGCUCUCUGGGCUCUACUAUGCAUAUGUGUACAAAAAAAAAAAAGUGCUUUAAAUCCAGAGCCCUUUAAGAUGAUAAAGGACCCAAUGCAGGUAGGCAUGUGUUUUUGGAAUCCUGUAAUUGUAGAAUGCAAAGUUUAGUGAUUAUUUAAACUGGGCCGAGGUUGGUAGGAGAAUGGAACAAUGGCCCAUAAGGACUCUUAAGCACCGAAGCCAAGGAGCCACCUCCCUUCCUGGUCUGCUCGGCCCAGGGGACCUGCCCCCCGAAUGCUGUGGCCCAGGGACCCAGGGACACAGCUUCCAAUCGGCAGUGUCAGAAGUGACUUGUGGCUUUGCCUUUGUCAUGAGAUGAUUUCAUUCCAAAGGAGUGGGUUGAGGGGGGUCCCUUGGAGGCUCAGAGCAGCUGGCCCAAGCUCCAGCUUGCUUCCAGUGGAAGCUCGAGUGCCCUCAGAAACGACCCUGGGCAAUGUCACCGCAGAGCUGAGGCGGUGUUGUCAGGGCUAAUGUGAAAUCUCUUCCCGUGGCGCCGAUCCUCCGACUCUGCAGCGCCAGCUUGGACAGAUUGAGGUCUCUGUGGCUUUGGUGACCCUGCUUAAGCAUUCCCACCGUGUCCCUGCUGUGCUCUAGGACUUCCUCCCGCUGCAGUCCCUCACCUGACCUCAGGGCCUGGGGAGGGAGGCAGUGCGCCAGGGCAAGGCGCUUCCGCUCAGGAGAGAUGUCAGCCUUCCUGGGGGCGUCAGGCUUUGAGCUCUGCUGGGGUCCGGCUGACCUGGGACCAGAUGUCACACAGAAAAGUGCCUCGCUCUGUGCCUCCUGCCAUGUUCACUCUAAUAGUGCCUCAGUAAGGGCUAGGGAACAAUUCUGUUACUGUAUUAACUUUAUUCAGUUAAUUCACUUGAGAAACUAACCAAUUUUUACUUUCUGUCUAGAAAGAUGUACAUGUAGGCGAGUAAGCUGUAAUGCUCCCAAAGUGCCUUGUUUUCUCUUAUAUAAAUAUAUUUAUAAGGACAUAUUCCAGUUGGUUGUUGGGUGUGUUUGCCACAUCAGAAUUUUAGAGAGUGAGAAAAUCUCUAGUGGGGAUACCUUCUGAAAAUAGGCCCCUUUCCCAAGGCUGAGAAAGGGACUCUUCAGUUAGAAAUCUGAGCAAUGGGGUUAAGUGAAAUCCCUGAAAUGACCUUUUCUUCUUCUGCCCUACUCUUCAGACCCUCAGAAAGACAUCCAAUUUUCUAAAGCCCUGCAGCUCCAAAUCUUCUCUCAUUGGGUUCCCUGCCAGGCUCCUGUGUGUACAUUUGUACCCUAGUGACCUGAAGGUUCUGUGUAACUAUUUUGUAUAUACACAUGAACACUGAAAUGCCAACAUUUUCAAUAAUUUGAUAAAAUCUCUAUAGCCACUCA